AUGUUCACCUUUAUGAAAAUAGCCACAGCUUUAGCAUUUAUAUGGGGCAGUACGAUGGCAGAUCGGCCAUAUCCUCCAGCUCUACGAUCAGCCCCGUAUCCUGCUGCUGUGGAAAUCAAAAAAUUUGCUCCAAGUGGUCCUUAUCCAGCGCCUGCAGUGAGAAAAGUAUCAACUGGGCCUUACCCAGCAUCUAUGGAAACCGCACGGUCUAUUCCAACUGGGCCUUACCCUUCAGCUGAAUCUGGAACAAUACCAACUGGACCUUAUCCAGCACCUGUGUCUAGAAAAGUAUCAACGGGACCUUACCCACCAGCUUCUGAAAGUGCCAAAUCUAUCCCAACUGGGCCAUAUCCGGCAGCUAUAGAACCAGCAAGAUCUAUUCCAACUGGUCCAUAUCCCGCAGCUCAAUCUAGAACAGUACCUACUGGACCUUACCCAGCGCUUACAGAAAGCGUUAAAUCUGUCCCGUUAGGACCAUACCCUGCACCUGCAUCUAGAAAAGUUCCAACUGGACCUUACCCAGCUGCUGUAGAAACCGCAAGGUCUAGUCCAACUGGUUCAUAUCCUGCAGCUCAAACUAGAUCAGUACCAACUGGACCUUAUCCAGCAGCUAGAGCAGUAUCUACUGGACCUUACCCAGCAGCUAUAGAAACUGCAAGGUCUAUUCCAACUGUUCCAUAUCCUGCAGCUCAAACUAAAUCAGUACCAACUGGACCUUAUCCAGCAGCUAGAGCAGUAUCUACUGGACCUUACCCAGCAGCUAUAGAAACCACAAGAUCUAUUCCAACUGGUCCAUAUCCUGCAGCUCAAACCAAAUCAGUACCAAAUGGACCUUAUCCAGCAGCUAAAGCAGUAUCUACUGGACCUUACCCAGCAGCUAUAGAAACCACAAGAUCUAUUCCAACUGGUCCAUAUCCUGCAGCUCAAACCAAAUCAGUACCAAAUGGACCUUAUCCAGCAGCUAGAGCAGUACCAACUGGGCCAUAUCCACCAGCUGCUUUAUUCAGUAAUUAA